UAGUCAGACAGGAGUCUGUCGAGACAGAGAUGCAUAAGUCAGCAGACCAAAGCAAGACCUUUGUUUACACGAAGAAGAGGGGUUAUGACGUUACACGAAACCCCCACCUGAACAAGGGCAUGGCCUUCACCCUGGAGGAGCGCCUCCAGCUGGGCAUUCACGGCCUGCUGCCCCCGUGUUUCCUCAGCCAGGACGUCCAGGUGCUUCGAGUCCUCAGGAACUACGACCUGAAGAAAGAUGACCUGGACAGAUACGUGUUUCUGAUGAGCCUUCAGGAUCGGAACGAGAAGCUCUUCUACAAGGUGUUGAUUUCAGACAUCGAGAGGUUCAUGCCCAUCGUAUACACUCCCACUGUGGGUCUGGCCUGUCAGCAAUAUGGACUCACCUACAGAAGACCAAGGGGGCUGUUUAUUACCAUUCAUGACCGCUCUCAUCUUGCCACUCUCCUGCAAAGCUGGCCAGAGAAAGACAUUCGGGCCGUGGUGGUCACAGACGGCGAGAGGAUUCUGGGCCUGGGAGACCUCGGCUGUUACGGAAUGGGCAUCCCAGUGGGCAAACUGGCACUCUACACAGCCUGCGGGGGCAUGCCACCUCAGCAGUGCCUACCCGUCAUGCUGGACGUGGGAACGGACAACCAGGAGCUGCUGAAGGACCCGUUGUACAUCGGUCUGAGGCAUAAACGCAUACGUGGGAAAGAGUAUGAUGAGCUCUUGGAGGAGUUUAUGAAGGCAGUGACAGACAGAUUUGGGAUGGAAUGCCUUAUACAGUUUGAAGACUUCGCUAAUAUCAAUGCCUUCCGUCUGCUGAGCAAGUACCGCAACAAAUACUGCACUUUCAACGAUGACAUUCAAGGUACCGCCGCUGUGGCAGUUGCCGGAUUGUUCGCUGCUCUGCGCAUAACCAAGAGCAAAAUGUCAGACCACACCAUUGUGUUUCAAGGCGCAGGGGAGGCUGCGAUGGGCAUAGCUGAGCUUAUCACCAUGGCGAUGGAGAAGGAGGGACUUUCCAAAAAUGACUGUCUGAAAAGAAUCUGGAUGGUUGACUCCAAAGGCCUCAUCGUCAAGGGUCGAGAUCACCUAACUCACGAGAAGGAGAGAUUCGCUCACGAACAUCCGCAGAUGAAGAAACUCGAAGAUGUCGUGAAAACGCUCAAACCCACGGCUAUCAUAGGGGUAGCAGCCAUUGCUGGAGCCUUUACGGAGCAGAUCAUCAAAGACAUGGCGUCGUUCAACGAGAGGCCGAUUAUCUUCGCGCUCAGCAAUCCGACCAGCAAGGCCGAGUGCACGGCCGAACAGUGUUACACUCUGACAGAGGGUAGGGGGAUAUUUGCGAGCGGGAGCCCCUUCAAUCCGGUGACUCUUCCAGACGGGAGGAAAUUUUAUCCCGGUCAAGGCAAUAAUGCUUAUGUCUUCCCCGGAGUUGCCCUGGGGGUCACAGCCUGUGCAAUGAGACACAUUACCGAGGACAUCUUCCUCCUUACGGCUGAGGCCAUUGCUGAAAUGGUCACGGAUAAGGAUUUGUCAGAAGGCCGACUUUACCCUCCGCUCACAAACAUCCGGGAUGUUUCCUUCAGACUGGCCGUCAAGGUGGUGGAGUAUGCAUACAAGCACAAGAUGGCCACGCUGUACCCAGAGCCUGCUGAUAAAGAAGCGCACGUGCGUUCUCUUAUCUACAGUACAGACUAUGAGGAGUUUGCGGUGGACUCCUACCGUUGGCCAGAGGAAGCCAUGUCCAUCCAAACGUGUAAACUUUAAACUGUCCGGCGCUGAGACAGGACCGACUGGCGGACGCUCUUCUCUCUGCGAUCGCUUUUAACAUGUCGAAACAGUCAUGUACGUCAAACAAAUUGCACAAGAAACCUUUUACCAACAUGUUUGUUAGCCAUAAAAGACCCCACCCCUCAAAACAUGAUACUACUGAAUAAAGAUUUUGGAUUCAUGCGCUA